AGACAAUCAAAUUGAAGAAUCCCAAUUGGAUCUCGAGAAGGAGGGACAAGAAGAUCGAACACGAGAUGUGGGGGCAAGCAACAUAUUAUAAAGCAGCAACCAUGGAAAGUCGGAAUUUAUAUAAAUAUUGCAAAGAGAAGAAUCUCUCCUUCCCAUUACUGAAGAAGAAGCUAGCUACCCCACGUCUUCUCUUUAUAAUCACUUGCUCUCUCUCUGGCCAUCACCAUCUACAAGACAACUUCAUCAGUAGACAGAAAAACAAGCAAAAAUGCAGAACCGGUGGAUCGAGCUUCUCUUGCUCUGUGUCUGUCUCUUGAGGUUUUCUUCCACGGCAUCGUCACUGGACCAGAGCGGAGAGUUCAGCGAGGCCAAGAACUACGAGGGCUCGUCGGAUCUUGUGGACCUACAGUACCACAUGGGUCCUGUCCUUGCAUCUCCCAUCAACGUUUACAUCAUAUGGAAUGGCCAUUGGUACCAGAACCAGCAGGCCACCAUACGAGAUUUCAUCUAUUCCCUCUCCGCUCCAUCGUCCUAUGCCUCUCAUCCUUCGGUCGCCGACUGGUGGCGCACCAUCCGGCUCUACACCGACCAAACCGGGUCCAACAUCACCGGAGACAUUGCCCUUUCCGGGGAGUUCUACGACUUCAAAUACUCCCACGGAGGUUACCUCAGCCGCUUGGACAUCCAGUCCGUCAUCAAACACUCUGUCACCGCUUCAGAUCCACACGCUCUGCCACUCAAUCCUCACAAUGGCCUCUACUUAGUCCUCACCUCCUCUGACGUCCAAGUCCAGGAUUUCUGCCGCGCCGUGUGCGGGUUCCACUAUUUCACGUUCCCCACGAUCGUAGGCGUCACCGUUCCUUAUGCGUGGAUCGGCUAUAGUGGGACGCAGUGCCCCGGGAUCUGCGCUUACCCGUUCGCCUGGCCGAAGUACUCGGGCAGGCCGCCGCCGAGCACGAACGGGGGCAACGACCUAAUGAAGCUGCCGAACGGGGAUGUGGGGGUGGACGGGAUGAUCAGCGUGAUCGCCCACGAGCUUGCCGAGGUCUCGAGCAACCCGCUCGUGAACGCGUGGUAUGCAGGGGACGACCCCACGGUACCGACCGAGAUCGCUGACCUAUGCCUGGGGGUGUAUGGGAGGGGUGGGGGUGGAGGGUAUGUUGGGGCGGUGAACAAGGACUCGUGGGGGAGUGGGUACAACUUGAACGGAGUUAAGGGGAGGAAGUACCUGGUGCAGUGGGUAUGGAACCCCGUGAGCAGGAGAUGCUAUGGUCCCAAUGCUCUGGACUGAGGAGGUUGACUUGUGGAGAUGGGUACAUGCUGACUUCAAGAAUGAGUUCCCACUUCCCACUGUCAAUGUCCGGAGACCGGCAUGGCUUGCGGAGACCGCGAUGCCGGAACCGAACGAGGCUGUGUUGGCACGCCUUGUGACUGCAGCAGCUCAAUGAAAUUCCCCGUCUUUGCUUCUUCCGACGGUGAGGAUCCGGAGAAACAGUGCUUUUGCAGCAUCAUCCUCCUACAACAAAUGAACUCACUCGUGCAGUUCCCUAUCUAUUGCUUCUACCGUAAUAGUACAGUUGCUAUCGCUUGUUGUAACUCCAGUAGUUUCUUGUUUUUGAAGUAAAUAUUAGUGUUGACCCAGCUUCACUAUGCCAGUGACGAGGUUUCCAGUAUGACCCAAACUACUACAAGGCAAUCCAGGAGUACCCAC